UUCUGAGGUGAAGGUCCACAAGGAGGCCGAUCACCUGUCGGCGGUGAAUCCUCUGCUGCGUCAGCUGGGCGGCAUGCUGGGCGGGGGCGGGGGCGGCGGGCGGACCAUGGUGGCUGGCCAGGCGCCGCUCACCGCCUCCUGGCUGCCGCCGCAGCCUGACGGCGCGACAGCAGUGCCCCUGGCGGCCGGAACACUAGCGCCCCUGGCGGCGGGAACACCAGCGCCUCUGGCGGAGGACUGUGAGACUGCGGCGGCGCUGCGGGAGGCCGUGGCGCGGCUGCCCGCCAACACGGGUCUGGCCUCGGGGGUGUUCCGGAUUGAGACCACAUCGCCCGAGGGCCUCUACCACGUGAUUAUUGGAGAAGGUGUGCGCGAUGUGCGCUCAGGACCAUGUCCGGAGCUGUCUGCUGAUGUCGGCGUCACGCUGACCUCGGCUGACCUGCGUCAGCUGAUCAGCGGUCAGCUGAGUCCGGCGGCGGCCUACAGCGGCGGCCGGCUGCGACUGCAGGGCAACGUCCACCUGCUGAUGGCGCUGGGCACGCUGUUCAGGGAGGCAGGGGCGGGGAUAUAGGGCAAUGUCCACCUGCUGAUGGCCCUGGGCACACUGUUCAGGGAGGCAGGGGCGGCGGUGUAGGUGGAGAGUGGGUGGGCACAGAGGGCAGGCGAGGGGGACAGGUGCGGGAUCAGUGAGGAGGGAUGAGGAUUGGAGUGGGCAGUGGAGAGGAAGUAUUGUGGGGACUGUAUUAAAUAUGUGACUGGAUUCAAUCGAGAGGGAAAUGGGCGCCGAUGACCGCUGAAAACAAGGUGAUGUAAAAUCACCAAUGAUCAUCAAUCUAUUUAGACGGAAGAGUUAACUACAGGAUAUGAAACAGAUUAAUGAAAUCUUGUGUUGGUUUACGUCAAAUAAUGCCCCAUGUCAUUUGGUGAAUCCAAUGUCUACAAAUGGGACAGUGAAAGCUCUGACCUACCGAUGGUUUAGUUAGAACGCGGCUCCUUGCGUGUUCACUUUACUCAGCCGCUAAGCUCCCGUAACAAGUCACAAUCGAAUGUCUUUCUUUUAAUCACUGCUGUACUGUGGUUAGCGUAAACAUGUGUAGGCACUCCAGUAGUCGUGUUCCGCACUGAUCGGACAAAAUACCGUAACGCUGUGCCUUUGUCAAUGCUCUAGAUGUUGUGUUGUUUGGCACUAGUUUGUAGUGUAAUUUCGUCGGCGUUGACCCAUCCUUGCCUCCUUCCUUAUCAAGAUGUGGCCAUGUAGAUCUCUGUGUCUUGAAGAGACAUGUGGCGUUCGUUUUAUUUUAUAGCACACUGAUUUGCCACCAUGGGCAUUAGGCAUUACUUAUCCCGCCCUUAUGUGUUCUUGGAGGUUGCGUUGCACGGCCUCGCUAAUGUUAAAUAUGCCGCGGCAGAGCAACAGGCUACAUCUAAAGGCCGGUUUUCGCGAGACUGCACCGGCAAUAGACGGCUUUCGUCGCUUUGCCACUGUCUUAAGACCGAAUUAUGUCGUGGUGUUGACUGCCCAUCCACACAGGCCAGGCCACAUAGGCUAGAAGGGCCCCUCCCGGCCACACCCAAUGAUUCGCCCCGGUCCGAUGGGGGCGGUACGUAUCUAGUCGCUGUACCGGCCGGGGGUCCUAUCGCCACUGAUUCAGGCUCUGUGCCGCGUCCGAUUGUGACCCCAAUCCCCACUCAACGGCAGCCCGGGACGCGUGAUAGCCAACCGGGUGGAGGGGUGUCGUGCAACAAUCGCUUGUUUGAACAGUCAGUCUAAGAUUAUACGGUGCUCUUUAUCACGUGAUGCACUAAAGAAUACUUGGUCAUUCGUCAAAUUGGUUUUUAUUUUGUUUGCUUAUGUCUUUGUGAACCAAUUAUGUGUUUUAUCGUUUGUCUUAGCUGCCAGAAAUCAUUACGACUCUCCAGUUUGCCACCCUAGUUGUUAGCAUCGUCGAUUAGUGCAAUUGAUUUGUGUUCACACCCCGAUCAAAUAAGUGGUCAAGUUUUAUGCAAUGUCUGUAAUGUGUUCUUGCGGCACGAAUAUGUUAUGCUGUAACUUGUGAAUGACUCCAAUGUGUUUGGAAUAUAAAUAUGUGAAUUGA